UAUUGGAUUACGUGUUGGAACGAUUCUUAUAGCCCUUCUGGUAUUUGGCACCAGCAUCCUUGGUGCCUAUACGGCCUUCGCAUUCGUGGAUACGACCACUCCAUUUUCCACAAGUCUUGGUUACAUCAAUGGUAUUUGGCAUGUCGUCAAAGGAAUAAUUUGCAUUGGUGGUCUAUACGGCGCGUACACGGAGGACAAAAGAUUGGUUCAUCUUUUUGCAGUGAUAAUUAGCGUGACAGCAAUGAUUCACCUGGUCUUUGGAAUUGGGCUCGUGGUUGUAGGAUUCAAGAAUCAAGAUAGACUCGUGGAUCUUUGCCUUCACAAAAUUAAUGUUACUUCCACAAGUGGUUUGUCUUGGCAACCGAAUCACGUUUGGUUGACCCCUUUCAACAAGCGAGCAAACUCAACCACGACACCUACGACGACCGCCACACCUACCGAAACUUCUACCGCAACCUCCACGGAUUCCACCACAACGGAUAACACGGCUUCAUGUCAAACUGCUGUCAAGUG